AUGAAUAAUAAACCACCAACAUUCCCCGAGAAAAAGAAAGCAUUAAGUGCAAAUUCUCUUCCGAAACCAGCCAGAAGACGAACUGCAUUUACAGAGAAGGCCAUACACGACUACGACAACAACCCAUUCUUAACCAAAUCACACAUUACAAAAAUGGAAGCUGAGACUUCUAAACAGCCUACUUUACCACAAAAAGACAAUAACAAUAAUAACGUGGAAAGAAAUGUAUCCCCUAUUCCUACGGCUUCGACGAUUCGUGAGGUUCCAUCACGUUAUAUGCAGUCACUUUCGACGCAAAAUCAUCAACAAAAACAGCAAUCAACAGGAAUCUCCAACAAAAAAAAUCUAAAUGAAAAUACAUUAAGAUCUUCAAAAUCAAAGGAAGCCACAAAUCCUGUCUCUGGUGUUGCCGCUGUCACUCACCGUGGACUUUUUAAUUCGCGUUCGACUUUGUCUUCUGUUGAGAUAGCAAAAACAUCCUUGGCAAAGAAGCGGGAGGAUACUUUGAGAUCUCUUAAUGCUAUGAAGAAAGCAGCAAAAGACACAGCGGGCUCAGAAACCGCAAAAAAACAAUCAAGUCUCUCCUCUCAGUCUUCUGCACCAACUAAUAAUUUCAAGGCUUCGCAGUCGUUUGAGUGUCAGAAACAGGCUGUGGAGGCUCAGUUAUUAGAAGCAUGGGAACUUUUUUUACAAAAACAAAAAGAAUUCGAUGAGGCAAAACGAAGAUUUGAAUUGGCGCAAGAGAUGCUCUUGUUACAAGAGACUUUGAGUGUGCAGAGAGAUCAGCUACUCCAGGUGAUUCAAGACUUAGAAAACUUCAAGAUGCGGUACAUUCCUUUUGCCUCCUCGCUAGAAAGCACAACAACGGCCAUGCCGAUUCCUAAUGUAGAAAUCGGGAAUCUGGACGCAUUGUCAUCUCAAAUCAACGAAUGUUGUGAAGCCGUAUCAAAAGUCAUGGAGACCACAACUCUAGCAUCAGCAAUGAUUCAUGAAGUCGCGCAACUAAUGCACCAUCUCUGCGUCAACAUAAAGGAAGAAAUACAAGAAUUGGGAAUUUGUAAUUCUCUUAUUCUCGAAAUUUCUAAAGCAGAGACGUUGGAGAGAAGUAUGCGAAUUCAGAUGAUCGAGGCGGCUUCAAAUAGCAGGUUAUAA